UGACACGCUUCUUCUUUCAAUAACGAAUAUAUUCCUCCACAAUCACAAACCUUGUAUAUAUAUCUAACCUCUCUUCUUAAAUUCUAACCACUCCAAUUUCUAACAAUUCAUAGAGUUUGAAGUAAUUAAAAGGUAGCGUAAGAAAUGGGGUUGGUAGUAGUGAUAUCUCUGCCAUUGAUAUUAUUGUGCAUACUAAUGGGAAUUGGGUGUUACUUCCUUGGUAGGAAAAGAGGAAGAGAAGAAGCUCGUUGCCAAGUUAUGGGAGCCCCGGCACCGCCUCUCGGAUCGUACCCUAACUCCCCUGCUCCUCCUCCUCCCUUCUACAAGCAAGCUGAUCACUCUCAUGUUUGAGCAUUUCUAUUUUUCACAUUGUUUUCUUUUUCUUACUUUUCUCUACUGUGUGAUACUUUUUGUGUACCACUAUCAUGUAUUCAUGUGUAUGUGUUUUUUUAUAAAAAAAUUCUUAUUGGUGGUUGUUGGAGUUA